CUUCACAGUCAGUUUCGUCUCACGCGCACCCGUCGUGUUAUCGUCGACAUCGACGGCGGCAACGCACGAGUUAUACCAAUAUUAUUUUCAUGUUCUUGCCGUGUGACCUUACCCCUAAAUAAUAAUAAUAAACACCUACCGUCUUGUUUAACCCGGAUUAUUUGUACGCAUUAUCGGCGGUCUGUUCUUGUUUUUUAAGUUUAUUUUCGCGGCCGAUCAGAUAUAUAUUUUAAUACCGUCGGAAGACUUGAACGCUAUUUAACCGUGUGUCCAGACGGUCUGGCGGCGUUAAACAGUGCGUAUCGAGGAAUUUCAAUGCUGGACAACUAAAUUUCAUUUUAAGCUGAUCCGAUGAUGUCACCCAUGAAACCGGCUCCGCUGCAGUUUGUCAAGCUGGCCCCGCCGUCCGAUAGGUUUCGAUCGGCGCAGGAUCAGCUCAACAAAGCAGUAACGGCCAAACCAAAACCUAAAGAAUUCGAUGCGGACUGGCAAUCGGACUUGGAUAAUUGGAAGAGCAAUCGGAGGAAACAACAGGAACACAUUAUCGAGCGUUUAGUAGAGGUGAAAAAAUUCGAGACUGAUCGUUUGGACGAUGGAUUCCGGAAGAGAAGCAAAACGUUCAAUGAAAUGAUUCAAGAAAGGGGAAGGAGUGGCCGCCUGAGGAGUCUGCCGGCGCUGUACCAGGACGACGACGACGGCAACGAUCUCAGCGAUUUGGGUAUAAGCACCGGCGGCAAGAAGUCCGAAGACAGUUCAGACGAAUGUAGCAAAAACGGUCGUGAAGACGAGGUUUUCCGAGAAGAGGUCGAACAAGAGGAAGAGUCUCGGGAUCCGGGUGCCGUCACAAGUGAGCGCAACGAAAACGGAUACGAUCGGGCCAUCAAGGACUACGUGGACUUUGCCGAGUCUAAGAGGACCGCGGUUGUUCCGGCUUGCUCUAAGCAGGAAGACGACGAUGGCGAGAGACAGCUGCAGCUGCCUACUUAUAGGAAACCGGCACCGUUGCUUGUGGCCGAAGCCAAGCGCAGGAUGUCGGCGCCAAAAAUCGAAGAGAAAGUCAUGUUGCUCAAAAUCAGAUCGCAGUCCACCAAAGACUUGCACUCGGCCGUGGCCAACGAACUGCCCAAAGUGGACAUUGGCAAACGCCGGGAAGUAUUCGAAAAAGCCGCUACCGAACAAGUACAACCGUUGCCGGUCGCUCUGAAACCGACUAAAAAGAAGUUGUCGGAACCCGUCGGAUCAGCGGCUCCCCGUCAAGAAUCGCCUCCGCCUACUUCCACCAAACCGACAUUCGAAUCACAACCUGAAUCGACGUGCGUGGCUUCUUAUCGCAAUGAAGAGGAACAGCGGUCGGUACCGCUAGUCCAACAACAGCAAUUGCAGGAUGACUCUGUCGAAGAAGAGGAAAAGCCCAUCGUGGCCAUGGAGAAAGAAAGGCCGAGCAUGGCUCCGUCGACCGCCGAAGACGAAUACCGGUUGCAUAACCACGAACUGUCCCUGUCUGACCUUGUAAGUCGCCAUUCCAUCGACAGCUUAGACCAGGAGGAAUGCGGCCAUCACACGACCGAGGACCCCGACGACGGCAACUAUCCGGGAUCGUGUCUGAGCGCCGAAGACAGCGGCAUACACACCGAAGACAUGUCGAGCUGUGUCAGUCAGGCCGAUGACGAGGAACAGCGAUCCAACCUGCAGCCCAGUCCCAUCCAACAGCACCAAUUGCCCGUCGUUCCACACGUCGAAACUUCUUACAACAUGGUACUGGAACUGACACCCGUCAACGCUUUGGAGCCACCCAAGGAGAAGCCUCCUCCGCCGCCGGUAGACGAUGACGACUCCUAUGCCGAGGCAGAAGUGAACUUGCCACAAGAGCGUCAUCUUACGGCCGCGGACGCCGUCGAUUCGGCGAAACGCAUUAAAAAGGAAAUGUGGAUGAAACGUUCGAGUUUUCUGGGCCUGGAAGAAUACACCAGUGGCAAUGCAGGCUACGAACAAGAUCUAGAAAAUUUGAAGUCCAGACCUCCCGAUCUGACGUCGUUUUUGGAAGAGGAACGUCGGUUGGAGAAAUUGUUGUACAAACAGAACAAACCCGAACGACCGCAAGACACCAGGAUCUACGAAAACGUUAACGCGCCCACGAAAAACGUAUACAUCGACGACGGUGGCGAUAUCGAGAGUAACCAAUACAUGCGGGACAUACUGCAGGUAGAAGAACAAAGCCGGUGCAACCAGUUGAAAAACAAAGCGGCGCAGAACAAUAUCGGCGAGAAGUUAGUGAAGAAACUCAAAGAGUUGGAAGAGGAUUUAAACAAUCAAGAGUGCAUGAGGGUGGGAUCCGCUCAUUGGUUACCGUCGCCAAACCGGCAUUCCCUGCAAGACAUUUCCAGCGUGGCCAACGCCCGACCGCCUCUUGACCACACACAGUCUAUGCCAAACUUGGAACAACAACCUAUUCACAAUCAACACCAUCAGCCCGAAGAAUACACGUGUUUUAGGUCACAAAACAGUUGUCCUCGGCCAGCCCAACAGCCGAACAUGUAUGCAAAACGAAAAUCAACAAACAGUCAACCUGAACAGUUCAAUUACCAACAUUGGCUCAUUCAAGAAGCUGAACAUAGGCGUCUAGUUGAUAGGUGUAACCGUCAAGUACCACCUCCGUCGGCGUCCGACAUGAUGCCUCGUUCCUGUACUAGACCGGCUCUGCCACCACCUCCACCACCGGCACACAAUAAAAAACCUUUGCCCGACUCUGUAAUCAACACGAUAACACAACGUGUACAAGACCGUCUGUCGUUUAAUGACUUCCACAGACACGACCAUGGAGCACCUCAGGAGUCAAUGUUGAGCGUCAGUGGUAAAAAGAAGUGUUCUCAUUGUACGGUGGAGCUGGGUCGCGGCGCUGCUAUGAUCAUCGAGAGCCUACAGUUAUUUUACCACAUUGAGUGUUUCAAGUGUUGUGUUUGUUGUGUACAAUUAGGCGAUGGUCUCAUGGGUACAGAUGUACGAGUCAGAAAUAAAAAGUUACACUGUCAAAACUGUUUUUCUAGUGACGAUGGAGUUAAGUUCAGUUGCGUAUAAAAAGAAAAAAAGGAGAUAAAAUUAAUACAACAUAAUUAUUUAUAAGUAAAAAAAAAAAAAUGUUUAAUUAAAAUAUUAAUGUUAAAAAUCUUUAGAAAUUGUAAUAUAUACUAAUAUGUAUAUUGUUGCAUAUGCGUGUAUAAUUAUAAAGAAUGAAAACGAGAAAAGGAGAGAGAGAAGCGCAUGGAAAUUUUAUUUUUGUUGUUGUUGUGUUUUUUAGUAAUGUAAAAAUUUUAUUUUUCGAAUUUUAUUGACAACCAUCAUCAUAAUAUUAUAUUAUUAUAUACUUAAAUAGAAAAUAAAAUUAUAAAAUACAUGAAA